AUGAUCGCUCUCCUCUUGGUCCUCUCAAGCGUCUUGGGUCUGGCUCUCGGAGCUCCUAUCGAGGAUUGGCAACCGCCGCUGGGCAACCUAUCGGCAUUGCAAACAACUGUAGCUCCGCCUUGGGUAUCCAGUCAUCCUACGCGCGGAACCUUCGAGAUACUGUACAGCUGUAGCUUCACGCUUCUCCUCUGCAUUUACACUGCCCUUCACCUGAACGUGCCGCCGCCGGACGACAAGAAACGCCACUAUUAUCUACGGAAGGCCAAGUGGGCCUUGACCGCGCUUUUUGGACCCGAAGUGAUCCUGUACGCGGCUUGGGACCAAUGGUCUAACCCCGAAGAGAACGAGGAUAGGGUCCUCACCUUGGCGGAGGGAUUUUAUGCUGGGAUGGGAGGAUAUGUCGUCGAUGUCACGGAAACCAAAAAGAUCGGCGAUCUUGAGCCUGGAAGAUACACACUCUCGCGCCAAUGGAUCAUCGCCCUCGCAGAGAUACUAAAGUACAACUUUCCCAUUGCCAGCCGACAGACGAUCGAGGACAAGAGCAAGGCAAACUUGCUUGCCAAGAUUCUCGUCUGUUUCCAAGUUUCGUUCCUGGUCAUGCAGUCACUUGCCAGGAAGGUCCACGGAUAUCCUCUGACACUGUUGGAACUGCACACGCUGGUUCAUGUGAUAUGCGCAUUCGCGAUGUACGGACUUUGGUUCAGAAAACCUCUCGAGAUUUACGAGCCGACGGUGGUUGAGCUCAGCGGGGAAGUCAUCGCCAGAUUCAAUGCUACUACAACCUCCGGCAUGAAUAUUAUAGAGCACCCGCUGCAUAAGUCCGCACAAAACAUCGGAGCCAUGAAGACAGCCGGCGGUCACGUCUGGUUCCUCGGAUGUGCGGUUCAUGGGGCCGUCCACCUGACGGCCUGGAACUACAUCUUCCCGACCGAAAUUGAGCGCUAUCUCUGGAAAGGUAUGUACGGUGCCCGUGCACAGCGUUUCUCCCGUCCCGGUUGGAUGCUGAGCUGA